AUGGCCGUGUUCGCCACCCCCCGGGAGGCCUUCGGCGCCCUGCGGCCCGCCUGCGUGCGGCUGACCCAGGCGCAGACCGCCGAGAACGUGGCGCUGCUGCGGGCCCGGCUGGCGGCGGUGGGCGCGGCGGCGCUGCAGGAGCUGCAGGAGUACGUCCUCUUCCCGCUGCGCCUCGCCCUCGCCUCGCCGGGGCCGCGGCGGGAGCGGCUGGCUCAGAGCGCGGCGCGGGGCCUGGCCGCCGUGCUGGGCGCCACCCGCCUGCGGGGCCCGGAGCUGCUGCGGGAGCUGCUGGCCGAGCUCUGCGCCUGCCUCGCCCCCGGCCCCGGCCCCCCGCAGGCCCCGGCCCCGGCCCCGGCCCCGGCCUCGGAGGAGCUGAAGCUGGCCGUGGUGGAGGCGCUGCACGCCCUGAUCCAUUCCGCAGACGGGGACGUUAUCUUGUCGCUGUACCAGCCGCCGGCGCUGCACCUCCUGGGGUUCGCCGUGUCCCUGCUCCUGGGCCUGGCGGAACGGGAAAGAGCAAAGCAGGUCAAGAUCUCCGCCCUGAAGUGUCUGCAGGCCCUCGUUCUGCGGUGUGAGUGCCAGCAGCACAGGCGGCUGCGUGAAGAUGAGGAGCAGCAAUGUGGGGAUUCGUUUGCUUCGUUUCUGCCCGGCGUUUCUAUUGCGCUGUCUCGAGUUAUUACCGCAGACAUCAAACAAGGUCACGGAACCACCGUCGCUGCCAUCAGAGUGUUUUAUCGGGUUGUCGGUUUGGUCAUGGCUGAUGAACAGCUAGCCAGGAUCCCAGAGAAUAAAGAGAAGCCGUCAGUGGAACAAAGUGGAGUAUCAAAACUGGCGGUCCAUAGAGGACCUGACUGGAGUAAAAAUACCGCAGAAAAACUCUCUCUCCUCUUACAUAAAAUUGUUGAACGUUCCUCAGUUCACUCGCACUGGAAAGUGAGACUGGAGCUGGUGGAACUCGUCCAUCACUUAGUGAGGAACUGCAGGCAGUCACUGGUGGACUCGUUCACUCAUCUUCUAAAGGCCUUGGUCGGGCUGGUUAACGAUGAAAACAGCGAAGUCCAAAGCAGAUGUAACGAGGUUCUGCAGCACAUUGCAGAGCAGCAGCUGGUAGCACACAACAGGGCUCUUGCUGAUGUUCUCUCGGAGAACCUCCAUUCCCUCGCCACAGCUCUGCCUCGCCUGAUGAACUCUCAGGACGACACGGGCAAGUUUGCCACCUUGAGCUUAUUGCUUGGCUACCUGAAGCUGCUGGGCCCCAAGGUUAACAUUGUCCUCAACUCCGCAUCCCACCUCCAGCGUCUGUCCAAAGCACUGAUGCAAGUUCUGGAGCUGGACGUGACAGAUGUGAAGAUAGUGGAAGACAGGCGCUGGGGCUCUGGGAGCGGGUACGAGGGCUCCUUGCAGCAUGGUGUGCAGACGGGCAGAUGCCAGAAGAAAUACUUCCGCUUCUUCACGGAGGAAAAAGUUUUCCAGCUCCUUCAGCAAGUUUGCCGUGUUCUUGGCUACUAUGGAAACCUCUACUUGCUCGUGGAUCAUUUCAUGGGGCUGUACAGCGAGUCUGCCAUGUACCGAAAGCAGGCUGCAAUGGUCCUCAAUGAGCUGAUUGCAGGAGCUGCUGGCGUAGGGGUGGAUGUCCUUCAGGAAAGGGAAGUUUCACUGAACGUGGAUGAUAUCAAAGGGUCCAUAACGUCCAUUCUUGAUGAGUACACAGACCAGGCAAACUGGUAUUUAGUCACCAGCAUUGAUGCAGAAGAAACCAGCCAUGAGCUCUCUGUGAAUCAUUCAGGACUUGCUGCCCUCCCAGGGGCUGCCUGCGGCAGCGUUCUGCCAUCCCCAGACCCGCGUGUAACGACCCGCACCAUGAACAGCAACAUCUGGCAGAUCUGCAUCCAGCUGGAAGGGGUCGGCUGCUUCGCUGCGGUCCUUGGGAAAGAAUUCCGGUUGCUUCUGCUGUCAGCUCUCUACCCAGUGUUGGAAAAGGCCGGAGACAAGACUCUGCUGAUCAGUGAGACGGCGAUGGGAACGCUGGUGGACAUAUGCGAGGCCUGCAGUUACGACUCCGUGCAGUGUUUGAUUAAUGAGAAUUCUGACUACCUGGUGAACGGGAUUUCCCUGAAUUUGCGCCAUUUGGCACAUCAGCCGCACGCGUCCCAGGUGCUGGACACUAUGCUGAGGCACUCGGAUGCCAGCUUGCUGCCGCUGGUAGAAGACGUUAUCCAAGACGUCCUGUCGACGCUAGAUCAGUCGUAUAAUCACCAGGCCUCCACCUUCCUCGGGGUCCUCUACUCACUAAUGGCAGCUCUAGUCAAGUGGUUCGGACCGUCCUGCAGCGAGGAACACCAGCGAAGGCAGGCUGCUGAGUGGCAGAGCGGGACUUUGGCCCAGGUGCAGCCGGCGAUAACAAGGCAAGAAGUGGAGCAAUUCUUCCUCGACUAUGUCAGACAGAAGCAGGUUGCAGAGGGCAAUCUUUCUGACUCUGGUGAUGAGGAGGCAGAUGAGGUUCCCCCUGUUGCUAAACCUGAGCCAAGCAACUCCGACACAGAAGGAGAAACUCCUCUGCCAAGCCAUGCUCAGCUGGCCAAAGAUGUGAUGGAAAGGUGCAUCCACUUGCUGUCUGACAGGAACCUCCGUGUGCGGCUGAAGGUCCUGGAUGUGCUGGAGCUCUGCGUAACUGUGCUACAUCCUCACGGAAACCAUCUGCUUCCCAUGGCUCAUCGUGUCUGGCCAGCUCUCGUCACCCGGCUGAUUAGCGAUGACCCUCUGGCAGUGCUGAGAGCCUUCAAGGUGCUGUGUACCCUGGCUCAAACGUGUGGGGACUUUUUGAGACAGAGAUUCUCCAAAGAUGUCCUGCCUAAGCUGACCAGUUCCCUCCUUAGCCAGGCCCCAGCAAGUGCCAGAGCUGGGCCUGUGUACAACCACACGCUUGCCUUCAAGUUACAGCUGGCUGUGUUGCAGGGACUGGGGUCUCUGUGCGAGAAGCUGGACAUGGGUGAGAGUGACCUGAAUAAAGUGGCAGAUGCUUGCCUGAUUUACCUGAGUGCCAAGCAACCCAUGAAGUUGCAAGAAGCUGCCCAGAGUGUUUUCCUCCACUUAAUGCAUGUGGACCCUGACAGCACCUGGCUCCUCCUGAACGAGAUCUGCUGCCCUCACAUGUAUGAGCCUCCCCACACCAGCUUGCAGCCUGUGAAGCUUCGUGGGAUGGGGAGGCAGCGGAAUGAGUUCACUGACAACGUCCUGCUCCUGCUGGAGAAGCUGCAGCAACAGGAGAGCAGCGUGCUGCAGGCUGGCACACAAGAGGCAUCUCCUGCUUGACAGACCUGCACAGCAGCUGGCAGAGGAAAGAAGAACCACCAGGAUAGUUCUCACUUACAGAAAUCCUGUCAUUUAGGCCCUGAUUCAUUCCAGGGAAAACCAUUGCAUGGUCUGGGGGUACUGGCUGAGACACCUUACCCAUGGGCAAAAGGUGUGUUUGUGUGGUUUUUUGUUGUUGUUUUUUUUUUUUUUUUUUUUUUUUUAAGUGUAUGAAAAUGAGGUGGGUACCUUACCCUGGUUCCUUCAGGCUUCUACUUCUCUGCACAUGGUGUUGGAGGAAAUCCAAGGGUCACAGCACAUUUGUUUCUUCCAUACAAAGCGUUUUUCCAGAAAUGACUUCCCAGCACCUGCUUGUUGGGCGAUGCCCCUUCAGCACCUUACACACACACUUCUGACCCUCCUCACUACUGCAGUGUUCUGUCCUGUUCACACCUGGAAAGUCAUCUGCCAACCUGAAAUGAAAGUUCUUUUCUGGCCUUAACCUUCCAGGAGAGGCAUAAAUUUUGGGUACAUUAGAAAUCCUUUUCUGAUGUUAACUGAUACUAAAAACAAGAGUUAAAUGCAUUUCCAGUUAAUUCCUCACUAGUAUUGCUGACAAGAAUGGCAUCCCCAUAUCCCUAUAGAAAUACCAAGGCUCUUCCCUUACAGUUUACAAAAACUGGCCAAACAAAUUGUGCUGCUUAAUUCUCACUGUUGAGCUGUGAGAGGGUUUUUAAGAAAACGGCCAGCCUUGAUUUAGUGAUUUAAGAAUCCCCCUUAUUCCCAGAUUGCAGCUAUUUUGUGCAGGCUGUUUCUCAGACCUGCCAGAUUUUCAACACCCACCCCAAGAACUAGACUUAGCAUCUGCCCCUGCCCCAGGACAGGUUACCUGGUGGGUGCCUACCAGGUCAGAUGGCAACAUUUGGUGUGAGCACGUUGGUGCUGUGCAGUGCCACUGGUUGCCUGAGUGGGUGCAGUACCGUGCAGCAAGUGGGGGAGCAGAUGAAUCUGCAAGUCCUGCUUUGCCCCUGCCAAGAGACUUCCAGAACCACAGUACAGCCUCACUGCUCGUUCACCUGGAAGCUGCGCUGGGGCACUCCCCAGCACCACGUCCUCUGGGCUCCUUCCCUUGAGGCUGUCUGCAAGUGCUUUGUUUGCUCUCAGACCACACCGUGCCCUGGAUUCCUCAGGCUCACCCAGGGUGACUUCUGGCAGCCAGCUACUUUCAGACAUGCUUGUGAAAGUUUUAUGCUAGUAAAGCGAAAGGACAGAUCUUGACUAUGAAUUUGGAAGCAAGCUGAGAAAUACGAAAACCAGUGCAAUAAACUGAUUGUUAAA